ACCUCAACCUAUGGUACUCACUUCUUUAUUGUAUCGAAAAAUUCAGCAGGAUAACGAGGAAGGAGGAGGAGAUGGAGAAAGGUGAAGCAUAUCAAACGGAACAAACCAAAAACAAGAGGAAAACACAAAUUGUAAUAGGAAUUCCAUCGUAUAAAGAAGUUAUUGAAAGCUCACAGACUAAAUCAACCCCGCCAUCUCUUUUUACUCCUUCUCAAUCUUUUUCUCAAGCGUUCAAUUUCAUUAAAUCCUCUGAGUUCUACUCUCCUCCUGCUCCAAGCUCCACUGUUUCUACACUAAGGCCAACAGGUGAAGCCAAUGUGCCUUCUUUAGCUGUCUCUGCCUCAGCUUCCCCUGCUGCUGCUGUUGCUUCAUCAUCAUCAUCGAAUUCGUCUCUGAGUCGCAAUGCUAUCCUUGUCAGCCAUAGGCAGAAGGGUAAUCCCUUGCUCAAGCACAUCAGGAACGUGAGAUGGGCUUUUGCAGAUAUUGUUUGUGACUACUUGCUCGGUCAGAACUCAUGUGCUCUCUAUUUAAGUCUUCGAUAUCAUUUGCUGCACCCGGACUACCUAUAUUACCGUAUCAGGGAACUACAAAAAAACUUCAAGCUUCGUGUUGUGUUAUGCCAUGUUGAUGUGGAGGAUGUUGUUAAGCCUUUGCUUGAAGUUACUAAAACAGCGCUGCUUCAUGAUUGCACUCUAUUAUGUGGUUGGAGCUUGGAGGAAUGUGGCCGCUACUUGGAGACCAUAAAAGUAUAUGAAAACAAGCCUGCAGACCUCAUUCAAGGCCAAAUGGAUACAGACUACUUAUCAAGGCUAAAUCAUGCUCUUACAACAGUUCGCCAUGUUAACAAGACUGAUGUGGUCACUCUUGGUUCUACAUUCGGGUCUCUGUCUAGUAUCAUGGAUGCAUCCAUGGAAGAUCUUGCUCGAUGUCCUGGAAUAGGAGAGCGGAAGGUAAAACGCUUGCAUGACACUUUCCAUGAACCAUUCAAGCGCACAGUUUCCAGUAACCCUCCCAUUCUGGAAACUCCAGUCUGCAAAGAUGCUGAACCAAGCCCUGCAAGUGAACGCAUUGAAGCAGACAAGGAUACUGAAGGUACGGCCAAACGUAGGAAAAAAGAACCUGAAAUAGACGUUAAAUAUGCCCUAACUGCUGCAUUUGCCAAGUAUGCUGGUAAAAUUAGUAAAAUGAACAAUAAAUCCGAGGGUAAUAACGGAGGUGGAACCAGUGCUGCUGCAGUACCAGACGUUGCAACUAAGGAUUCCGGGGAAGGGGUUGAAACUUGAUCUCCUUUUGCUACUUCAGCCUAUCUCCCAUAGGUAAGCAUUGACUGAUAUGGAUAAUGAUAUAUCGAGCUCAUACCAAUUAGGCAUCGAAUAUUCGGUGACCUUUUUACCUAUGUUCGAGAUUCAUGUGGCCUCGAGUGUAAUUUUAUAGCAUGUAUUUUUCUUUGGAACAAUAUGUAACUCUAUAAUCUGUUGAUAUUUGUCUCAAGUAAUGCAAGAAUUUUAGAAAGUUGCGGAAUGAA